CGAGAGACUAGUGCAGUGCGGUGUUGUGUGACUCUUCUAACAUUGUCCGUCUCGCUCACACAGGUGGAAGAUUAAAAUGGCAUUUCGUAAAGACUGACACUUUUCUGGCACACAUCACUGAAGCCGAGGCAGACAAAUUACUGACAAGGAAUGAACGUGUGACCAUUUACAGUGACAAAUAUAUGAACACAAGAAAAUACCUCAUAUGAAAUAAGAACAAUGGAUGCUUGUAGUCAGCUGCUUCAAUAGAUUGAAAAAUACACUAUUCCAACAUUAUGAUGGCGCAUAAAUGAUAAGAAAAAUCAAUUAAACUAACACAGGGCGUAGUCAUGGAGGGUUUGGAUGUGGUGGAGUUUCUCUCACUGACCACGGAAGCAGCUGUCAACCUCAACUUCUCUCUGGAAGACUGGAACCUCACCUCGACCACUGCGUCCUCUAACAGAACCCUGCAUUACAUAAACGUUACGUCUGAGCUCCCUAUAGAAUAUGCUCAGCCCAUGUAUGGCUAUGUGAUGCCGUUUCUGCUGCUGAUCACCAUUGUCGCCAACACGCUGAUAGUAGUAGUACUGAGUAAGAGGCACAUGCGCACCCCCACCAACGCCGUGCUGAUGUCUGAUAACAUACUUGUAUCAUUACAGCUAUGUGAUGCCGUUUCUGCUGCUGAUCACCAUUGUCGCCAACACGCUGAUAGUAGUAGUGCUGAGUAAGAGACACAUGCGCACCCCCACCAACGCCGUGCUGAUGGCGAUGGCUCUGUCGGACAUGUUCACCCUACUCUUCCCCGCCCCAUGGCUCUUCUACAUGUACACGUUUGGUAACCACUACAAACCCCUCACCCCUGUUGGUGCCUGCUACGCCUGGGCGUUCAUGAACGAAGUCAUUCCGGCUUUGUUUCACACUGCUUCCAUCUGGCUUACGUUGGCCCUUGCUGUACAAAGGUACAUCUACGUGUGCCAUGCUCCAGUAGCCAGGACGUGGUGCACGAUGCCUCGAGUUCUCAAAUGUGUCGCUUGGAUCGCUGUGCUGGCAACUCUACAUCAAUUCCCCCGGUUCAUUGACAGGGUGUAUGAACCCCUCACCAUCUCUUGGAGAGGCCAGGAUGCUGUGACAGUUUGUAGGGAGCGUUUCGCCUACUGGGUGGAACACUGGCUGUCCCUGGACGUCUACUUCACCGUAUACUUCGGGUUCCGAGUGAUCUUCGUACACAUGGUCCCCUGCAUCUGUCUGGUGGUGCUGAACGUGCUGUUGUUCCGAGCGCUGCGAGACGCCCAGCUCAAGCGGGACAAGUUGCUCAAGGAGAACCGUAAGAGCGAAUGUAAGCGUCUGCGAGACUCCAACUGUACCACUCUCAUGCUCAUCGUCGUAGUCACUGUCUUCUUGUGCACCGAGAUACCAUUGGCUGUUGUCACGGUGCUUCACGUGAUAUCCAGCAGUAUCAAGGAGUUCUUGGACUACCACCUGGCUAAUGUCCUGGUCCUAUUUACCAACUUCUUCAUCAUCGUCAGUUACCCGAUCAACUUCGCCAUCUACUGCGGCAUGAGCCGACAGUUCCGAGAGACGUUCAAGGAGUUGUUCAUACGAGGAGCUGUUCAGGUGACACGACGCAACGGUGGUGGCAGUUCCAGGUAUUCCCUAGUCAACGGUCCCCGUACGUGUACCAACGAGACUGUUUUGUAGUUAGGCAACCGCCAUGGCGCCCGCCCAGGCAGCAGUAGUGAGAAAAGCUCCAGCACUGUGUAACCGUUACAUAUCGAGGUGCAACUGUGACUUUGUGAGAUAUUAGUGACAAUAUGGAAAUUUCCCGUGAAGUGAUAUUAGUGAAAACUCUUAAUGAAGCAUUUUAUUAUUUUUUAUACUUGUCUCUUAAAACGUGUUUAGUGUUAUAGUUUGUUUUGGAACGUGUUUAAUAAUUUUGGAAUUGUUAAGUGUUUAUGACAAUAUUUCUUAAACAUAGUAUAUCCAAGGAUACUGUAGUAUGUUUCUUUCAAGAUUCAACCAAUAACAUUUGUGUAUUUCAUUUCCAGAAAAUAGUCCAGUUUUAUUUGUUUCUAGUUUUAUAACCAUGUAGUUUUGGUUUAGUAAAAUUUAUUAACAUCUUUAAACGUAAUUAUAUGAAUUUAAUUAUACUGUUAAACUUAUUGUCUUACAACUUGGUUUGACUUAUGCAUUUAAUGUCACUUUGAUAAUAUUAUUCUGUAGUUUGUAAAGUUUCAAGCUUUGUUUGCUUCAACUGAUGGAACAAAGGUUACUAGAACACAAUUGUCUCCUAUUUUCCCAAACAAAUAUACCUAAUGCUUGUACUUUUGAUUUCGGUGUAAAUAUUGACUUUUGUACAUAGGAGCGGUACUCUUAGGUAUUGAAAGACUGUUAAAUUUCAAAUACCUCAGCAAAUAUGUAACGAAAUGAUAUUAAAAGACAAACUACUAGAUGUAAUGUGUCUGUUCUACUCGGUUGCUCUAGUUUAGCGUCACCUUCAACCCACCAUGCUUAGUCCCAGUGAUGGGUUGGGUGGGUUGUAUCUGAGCCCCGUAGACAACCCCCCCUCGCCAUCGCAACCCCCCCCCAACCGUCGCACCCUCCAACCUUCCAAAGCACCAUUCCUCAACUAAUCGCACCCUAUCCUCGUCCUUCAACGCUCUGUAUAGUCAUGCUCGCUACGCUUCUGAUGUUUAUAUUUUAAUAUGAGUGUUUAUAUUGUUGGAAAUGUAAUAAGUCUAGGCGUUUGUUGUAAAUUGUUCUAUCGUAACGUUAUUUUAGCCAUUACUCUUUAAAA